AUGUGCAUACCCCACGCCCCCGAUCGCUUGUGGGUGCACACACUCUCUAUCCAAUCCCAAUUCGCCCGCCGUCCGCCGCCCGCCGCCUACUCGCAGCAGCCCACCCGCUUGCUCGCCAGUGACACACACGCGCGCUGCUCCCCACCAAGCGACAACACCACCGCCCCUCUCGCACUCGCCGCGCGAAUCCACGGCUGCGAGCACUCCCAUCACCACUCCCAUUCAGCAGGCCGCCUCGCUGCACCUGGGACGCGCCACCAAGGACUCGAGCGCCAGCCUCUUUUCCUCGCCGCACCGCACUACUCACGAGCCCGCCUGUCACCACGGGUCAUCCGACAACGACGUCCUCUUCGACUUUGA